AAACGCUAAACGCUAUCAUAUUUCGCUGCGUUGGCUCGAGCUUCACCUCAUUCGUAUCGACCAACGGGGCCGCCUUCACUUGACCAAACGACCUCGGCCGAGCACGCGAUGUCGCGACGUACUCUCGCCUCAUCCUACCAUUACGUCCGCUUCUCCGUCGCGCCGGCAUGCGCGGACGCAUUAUCAAUCCGCAAGUCUAUCCAGGACGCUUUCGCGCAAUCGUUUGGCCUCAUUUCGGCCAGCACGCACGUCGAUGUCCUAUGGGUCGCCGAUGAUGGGUCGGAGGCGGUUGUUCGGCUCGCGGAGAGCGAGGCGACCAAGCUGCUUGCGUCCGUCACAGCUUACUCAGGGCGGCCAAGACUGUCACUCGUGAAGGAGAGCUCGUUCCUACCCUCGUUGUUGUCGGUGCAUCCGCUCGGUGAAAGUUAGACGACUGAGGUGGGCGGCAGCCGCACCGGUCUCUACGGCUAGAAGGCGAAAGAAAGUCUCAAUCAAGGGGGCUGUAGCUGCAUUCCGGGGUCGCCACCGUCGCCCGAGUUGUGACAGAAGCUGCAUUGCGCGGGGAAGUACUUCCCCUGAGAGGAUCACGUCGGGAGUUGUCGCCUGAGAGAUCUAGCCUCGGUGGCUAUCUCGCACGUUGCAGGGCGAAGGAGGUACGAACUUGGGCGUGUCCACGCUUGUUAGAGUUCAGCUACAUAGUCAUUUGCGCCCGUAAGAUCCGAGGAGGGUACGAGUCCUGGUGUGCGAUUGCAAUACAGAUUCAGAGAGCUUAC